AUGGCGAACCCUUUUUCGGCCGCCAUGAUGAUGCAACAUUCGAGGAACCUGGAUUCCCCUCGGCCAUCGAGUGUGGGGAGUUCACAGAGCACGUACAGCAAUAGCAGCCGCUCUAGGUUUCCACAGGAUGUCUGCGUUGGGGAAGAGUUGAAGAUUGGAGUCCAUGUUGCUCUGGAGAGAUUCCGCAUGAACGAAGAACAAAAGGAGAUUGAGUUUCCAUCAUCAUUGACAUCAACAGAGAGAUGCUACAUUCACAAAGUUUGUGCAAAUCUUGGGAUGAAGUCCAAAAGCAAAGGAAAAGGAGCUGGCCGGUAUAUAACUGUUUCCAAGAAAGAUGGUAGUCAGAUUGUCCAAGCUUCAGCCUCGUUUCAACUGGCAAGGAAUUCACGCCACCAAGUACAUACCCUGAUGCAGCGGUACCCCCUGACCAACAAGGAGAGAAUGGACCUAAUGCCAAGGACUGAACGAGGGCAAGGAGACUCGGUUUCCAAAGAUCUAACUCGGACCACAACUGGCCGUCUCAAUAACGGUGUUCCACAGGUGCCACCUCGGCGUGGCGACUCCGAUCUGCUAGCAUUCAGAGAAACCCUACCAGUCAUGGCAUACAAAGAUGAAAUCACUAAAGGAAUCUGCAAUAACAAAGUCAUCUUGAUCUCCGGUGAAACAGGAUCUGGAAAAACUACUCAGAUACCUCAGUUUAUCUUAGAUGAUAGUACGGGGAAUAACAGACCAUGUCGCAUCAUCUGCACACAGCCAAGGAGGAUCUCCGCCUUGUCAAUUGCUGAGAGAGUGGCUGCUGAGAGGGGAGAGAAGAUUGGCCAGACAGUUGGCUAUCAGAUUAGGCUAGAAAGCAGAGUUUCACCCAAGACCCUGCUGACCUUCUGUACAAAUGGUGUACUGUUGCGGACCUUGAUGGGCGGUGACAACUCUCUCAAUAGUGUGACCCACGUUAUUGUGGAUGAAGUUCAUGAACGAGACAGAUUCUGUGAUUUUCUGCUCACGUCACUCCGAGAUAUCAUCCACCGGUAUAAACACCUCAAAUUGAUAUUAAUGAGUGCUACUCUAAAUACACAGCUCUUUUCAAAUUACUUUAAUGGGUGUCCAGUUAUUGCAGUCCCAGGCAAGCUGUAUGAUGUCAAGGAAUACUUCCUAGAAGAUGUCCUUAAAAUGACUAGUUAUACCAAUAAAGAGAUGGAGAAGUACAAAAACGAAUUGUCGAAGGUGGACCGGCAGGAGAAACAACUGAAUGACUGGUGCAGCCACAUGACGCCAGAACAACCUGCAGAGCCAGGGAAUCGGAGGAAGGAUAGUAAUAAAUUCCCACAGAACAGCAUGACAGAGAUCGAAGAAAAGAUGAUGGAGAUUGGUUUGGAGAGGGAGGAUCUUGAGCCAUGGUUGAUAAAAGAGAUGGACGAUCUCCUCACCAGCAUCUUCUUGUCUGGGGAUGAUGACGCCUUCAAUCAGGUCAUUCAUCUUAUCAUGUGUGAGAAUGUCAGUGUUGAUUACAUGCACUCGGAGACCAGCGCUACUCCCCUGAUGAUUGCAGCCGGCCGUGGAUUUGGACAAAUCGUUGAACAACUUCUGUGCCUUGGAGCGAACACAAACAUCAGAGCAUCGAAUGGAUGGUCAGCGCUUGACUGGGCAAAGAAGUUUGAUCGCAAUGAUGUCAUUGAGUUACUUGAGGCCUACGUAAGCGCCAGUGAAGAACCGAAACAUGCAGAGGAACAGCUCAUCAAAGACUCGCAUACCAUCAGCCCAGAAGAUCGCGACCUGUUGAACAUCUAUCAUCACAGUUUUGACGACGACAAGGUUGACCUUGACCUCAUAAUGGGUCUUUUGUACAAAAUACACCAAGGUUCAGGAGAAGGUGCUGUCCUGAUCUUCCUACCCGGCUAUGAUGAGAUCAUCUCCCUCAGAGACAAGAUCAUGAUGGAUGAGAGAUGCUUCGGUGACAACUCGCGCUACAUUCUCUUCACCCUUCACUCAAACAUGCAGACCACCGACCAGAAGAAAGUAUUCAAGGCUGUGCCGCAUGGCGUUCGAAAAAUUAUCCUUAGCACCAACAUAGCUGAGACCAGUGUUACCAUCAAUGAUGUGGUUUAUGUGAUAGAUUCUGGAAAGGUGAAAGAGAAAUCAUUCGAUGCUCUGACGUCAGUUACUACACUGAAAAGUAUUUGGAUAUCAAGGGCCAGUGCCCAGCAGAGGAAAGGAAGAGCUGGUCGAUGUCGUGCUGGGAUUUGCUACCAUCUCUUCAGUACGAUUCGCCACAACACCAUGCUGGAGUACCAAGACCCAGAGAUUCUGCGCUACCCGCUGCAAGAGCUUUGCCUUCACACCAAAAUGCUGGCACCUGUGUGCUGUCCUAUUGCUGACUUCUUGUCCCGGGCUCCUGAACCACCUGCUUUCUUGUUGACGAGGAAUGCUGUUACCCUUCUGAAGCAAAUCGAUGCACUGGACCAGUGGGAAGACCUGACCGAGCUUGGACAUCACUUGACGGACCUUCCCCUUGAGCCAAGAUAUGGCAAGAUGAUCUUGUAUUCUGUUGUCUUGAAGUGUUUGGACCCAAUCCUCACGAUAUCGUGUACGCUGGCAUACAGAGACCCAUUCUCCAUACCAGCACAGCCCUCCCAGAAGCGAGCAGCAAACUUGGCAAGGAGGAAGUUUUCUGCGGGGACGUACAGUGACCACAUGGCAUUGCUGAGGGCAUUUCAGGCAUGGCAGAAGGCUCGUGCUGAUGGAUGGGAGAGACAGUUCUGUCAGAAGAACUUCAUAUCUGGUGCUACCAUGGAGAUGAUCCUUGGAAUGAGGACUCAGCUCCUUGGACAGCUCAGGGCAUCAGGGUUUGUUCGUGCCAGGGGUUGUGGAGACAUCCGUGACCUGAAUACCAACUCAGAGAACUGGGCAGUAGUGAAGGCAGCUCUUCUAGCCGGCAUGUACCCCAACGUCAUCCGGUUCGACAGACAGAGAGGGCGACUCACCACGCUUCGCGAGAGUAAAGUGCGCCCGCACUACCGAUCUGUGAUAAUGACCUCCCCAGCCAAGUACUCCGAGGCCAGUACGCUGGCCAAGGCGUUGAAGAAUCUUCCAACCGACUGGUUAUUCUACGAAGAAAUGACCCGAGCGCAGAGAAUAGCCAGUGUGAACUGUUGCACAGUCGUGUCACCCAUCACUCUGGGUAUCUUUGCCGGUCCAGCCAAACUACCGAUGGAUGCUUUGAAGGGUCAUCGACAGCAUCAUGGUGGUAGUGGAGAUGGCAGCAUGGGCAUGGGAGGAGGUGUCUCCAGUGAUUCGGAGGGAGAAGAGAAGGAUGAGCCGUGUGGCAACUCCGCAUCACUCACAUUAGAUGACUGGAUCUCGUUCCAUGUGGAUGGAGAGGCUGCACACCUUGCCCUUGGCUUGAGACAGAAGUGGCACUCACUCUUCAUGAGGAGGAUGAGAGCCCCGGCUAAGCCAUGGUCACAAGUGGAUGAGGCUGUCAUCAAGGUGGUGGUGAGUGUGCUCACGAAUGAGGAACAAUCACUUGGACUUCAGCAGCCAGCUGGGAUCGGUCAGAGACCAAGACCUAUGUCCACAGAUGGGAUGACCCCCUCCGACAGUCGGCGAGGCUCAAAUGAGAUUGAAAACCAGUCUGAUGAUUCCUCACACGGCAGCAACUAUAGCGGCUCAGGCAAGAAGGGCGGCGGCUGGAGGGUUUCCACACCACCGAAGCGAAGAGAAUUCUUCAAAUCGCAGAAAUCUGAAGAUCGCUCCGAAACAUCGUCCAACAGAUCAGCAGCAAGUGGCCAGGGUUCCAACAGCAACAGUAACAGUGGUAGUCUGAGGGGUAGCGCCUCCAGCACCCCUUGCACAAGCCCACAGCCAUCGGGCUCCCCUGGAAAAUGGGCCGAAUCCAACGCCCAUCCCUCGAGGUUCUUUGUAAUGAAGUGCAAUAAUCAUAAGAAUCUUGACUUCUCCUACUCGAGGGGUGUUUGGGCGACCGUGUCAAAGAACGAGAAGGCCCUUAACAAGUGUCUUGAUGAGGGUAAGAAUGUGUUCCUCAUAUUCUCAGUCCAGGGAAGCGGCCACUUCCAGGGCUAUGCCAAGUUAGUGCAGCCAAUCGGUAAGGAGGGCAAAUCUCAAGAUUUUAAUCAAGCCGGCUUGGGAGGAAACUUCCGAAUCGAAUGGAUCAAAAGAGCCAACCUGCCAUUCCAACAUUGCCAUCAUCUACUCAAUCCAUACAACAAUAGCAGAAGGGUGCAGAUCAGCAGAGAUGGACAGGAAAUCGAACCAACCGUUGGUGAACAACUGAUAAAACUUUGGGAGCGAGUACCGGGCUACCAGGGCAGACCUGGUGAGGAUGAAAGCCAGGGAGCAGAAGGCUAUGACGAUCACAGAUUCGACAAGCCCUCCACCCCUAAAUAUGGCAAUAAGGGCUUCAAACAGCAGUGGAGCCCAGACGGUGGCCACGGGUAUGGUCACUUCCAGGGUGGGUAUGGUGGGUACCCUGGUGGAAAGAACAUGCACAGUCCUCGGAUGUCACAUCAGAUGGGACCUCACUUCAACCCGAUGUACGUUUCACCAGUUAUGAACCCUAAUCAGUUGUCUCCAAGUGGUAUGAGGAUGAAUCCCCCUCAAUCAGUAUCGCCAGGACAAGGGAUGAAUCCCGUCAUGAUCCUACAACGAGGCAGCCACUCGCCUCAAAACAGACACCAGGGUCCGAACUCGUCGCCUAAGCCGCAUCAUCACUCCAUGACACCAACUUCAAUGGGUUACCAAGGUGGAUAUUAUCAUCAAGGAAAUUAAAUGGACUCUGAACAAUUCUGAAAUGUUGGAACCUAUCCUGUAGAAUGGAAAGUGACAUGCCUGCACAUUCCAGACAAAGGUUAUCAAGAACAUUUCAGACAUUCAGUGUGUUUCAGUGUAGUGGGGUUCCAGGGCCAACAGGGUCCUCGAUGCACCACUCUAUUGCAUAAACAGAUAAGGGCAUCAAAAGUUCUAAUAUAAAUUAUCCAAGGGAGAACGUAUACACGUACAUGUGGAAAAGUGUUU